AAAACCAAUUUGAAAUUGAAGAAGACUCAACAUAUCCUUCUUCUACAAAAAUUAUAUACAAAAAACGUUUUAAAAAUAGAACUCAACGUAGCUUUAUAUAUAAUAUUCAAAAGGAAGGUAUUUAUCCUUCAAAUACAGGACAUGGAACAAAACAUAAAAUUGUUUAUUGUCAAAUUGAUUAUAUUGAUAAUAAACCACAGUUUUUAAUAAAAUAUGGAGUAAAUUUUGAAAACACAAUUUUAUCGACAAAAUCAACAUCACAAGCUGCAUUAUUAUAUGAAAAUAUAUAUUAUUAUAUUGCUAUUAAUUCUAGUUCUAAAACUACAAUCUCAGGUUCAUUAGUUUUUGGAUUACAGCUAAAAACUGUUCAAAAAGUUAGAAAAUCUUAUAACAAAUUGAGACAAGUUAAACCUGCUAAUCAAUAUACUGAAACAACUUUAGAAAAUCGGGCUAGAGCAUUAUCAUCAAAAUCAUUAUUAAUAAUUAAUAACCAAGCAUCGCAAAUAUAUCAUCCUAAAGACAAAUUAACUCUUAAAACAUUAGAAUUUUCAGUAAAUGAAUACGAUUUUCAUAUUAAAUUUGGAUCAGAUAAUAAAAUUAAAACAAAAUGA